GAGCACUAUGGUGACCGUGGAUUCUCAAAACUCGUGAAUAAAAGCCGGCGAACCUUGACAACAAUGAGACGAAGAACACGGAAAACAUCAGUUCCCACUCGCGUUCACUCACGGAAACACCAACAACAACCCCCGCCAGGAUGAAGCUCCUCAACGGUGCCGUGAGCCUGAUGGCUCUGGCCAGUUCUGCGCUUGGAGCGUCUCUCCAGCAGGUCACUAACUUUGGCACCAAUCCGACGUCGAUCCAAAUGUUCAUUUACGUGCCAGCAAAGCUCGCAGCGAACCCUCCUAUUAUCGUUGCUGUAAGAUAACCGUCUCCCUCACGCUGCGUAUCCUGAAUCCCCACGCCAGGA